GGAAUUUUAUGCACAAAAUCCCCUUUUGUUGAUCGUGAAUAGAGGGUUUUUCAUCCCUCGCAAUGGUGGCCUCAUUAUUCCUUCUUCUGCCACUGUAUCUGGCUUAUAUUCCUUCGACUACGGCAUGGGUCUUUAGUUGGACAAACUCCUCAGGGGGGUUCCUAACAGAUCAUGGGGAUGGAGUCCAGUCAUGCAAAGCAAUCGACAAUCCCAAGGGAAAUAUAUUCGACUGGGAUGCAAAGGGAGGAAACUUUUGCAUCUAUCUCUACAACAAUGGAAACUGCUCCAAUUCCUCCGCUGGCUAUACCUGCAAGGCGUGGCCCUGGAGCAAUCAUGUCGCAGGAUCUUAUAUACACUCGUACGAAAUUGUAUUAAACAAUACCGAUACUGCCUCUACCACAUCAUCGUCAGCAUCAUCCACAUCAACAACUUUGUCAUCCACGACGUCAAGCUCGACUCAGACAUCGGCUACCGCUGCCUCUACCUCUGCUGCGAGCAAUACCAGUUCACCCACCACAACACCAAUUGCCGCAAGCACGGAUAACAACACCGCUAAAAGCUCGUCCAUUUCAGGAGGCGCUAUUGCGGGGAUCGUCGUCGGCGUCUUGGCUGCAGUUGCGAUUGCAGGGAUCUUGUUCUUCUUCCUAUGCUGGCGCCCUCGCAAGAAGACAAGGCCCUCGAUCGUUUCAGAGCGACCAGUAGCACCAAUGUCGGAACUCGGCUCAUACGACGACAAGCCAUCUUCCCCUACUCUCAGCUCCCCUACAUCAAACGGACAGGGCUCAGAUGUGUACCAUGGACAGAAGCUACGUGAGUUGCCCGGGUCUGGGGUGGCAACGGAGAUAGGCCCGAGUGUCAUGAGGGCGGAACUUGCUGGUUCAACACAUUGGAAGAAUUGACGAGAGAGCUAGCAGGGUUUGAAAAGAUAGCCUAUUGUACCCAUGGGACAUUAGGUGAGUUGGGUUGAGUUUGUCUCGAUGGUUGCAUUCUCUCAUUACUUUUGUAAAUAUUCAUCUCCUUUUAGCGCGAAAGAUACCUUGUUCGUUUGUACCUACUACCUUUAUUUUUGAGUUACACAAUUUUCGGAAAAUGAGUUCCAGACCUACUAUUAUUUAUAAUUGAAUCAAAUGCAUACACGAUUCUG